AUGGAGGAGACAGCGGCGGCGUCGGGCCGGACGCUGCUGCUGGUGAACCUGGCGGCCAUCAUGGAGAGCGCGGACGAGGCGCUGCUGCCGGCGGUGUACCAGGAGGUGGGCGCAGCGCUGCACGCCACGCCCAUGGGCCUCGGUGCGCUCACGCUGUGCCGCUCCUUCGUGCAGGCCGCGUGCUACCCGCUCGCCGCCUACGCCGCCGUGCGCUACAACCGCGCCCACGUCAUCGCCGUCGGGGCCUUCCUCUGGGCCGCCGCCACCUUCCUCGUCGCCGUCUCCGGCACCUUCGCCCAGGUAGCAGCAGCUAGGGGAUUGAGUGGUGUUGGUCUAGCACUCGUCACUCCAGCCAUCCAAUCUCUAGUGGCAGACUACACUGACGAUAACAACCGGGGCUCUGCAUUUGGAUGGCUUCAACUCACAGGCAACAUAGGUUCAGUGAUUGGAGGUUCGUUCUCCAUCUUGCUAGCAUCGACCACAGUCAUGGGUAUCGCCGGUUGGCGUGUCGCAUUUCACAUUGUUGCCCUCAUCAGUGUGGUGGUCGGGGCAUUGGUCUAUCUUUUCGCGGUGGAUCCUCAUUUUCGCAACCCUGAGGGUGGCGGACAACUCUUGCGCAAGUCGGCAUGGGUACAAAUGAAAGAUUUGGUCACAGAAGCCAAAGCUGUCGUGAAGAUACCAUCGUUUCAGAUCAUCGUGGCUCAGGGCAUCACCGGAUCGCUCCCAUGGUCGGCGUUGUCGUUUGCCCCAAUGUGGCUGGAGCUGGUGGGCUUUACACACAACCAAACUGGAGCUCUCACAGCAAUAUUUGCACUGGCAAGCUCGCUUGGAGGGCUCUUUGGUGGAAAGAUGGGGGACUAUCUCUCUGUUCGCUUCCCGGAUUCUGGCCGGAUAUUGCUGUCCCAGAUCAGCUCGGCUUCUGCAGUUCCGAUUGCAGCGCUGUUGCUGCUUGGACUACCUGAUGACUCCUCUACUAGUGUCUUGCAUGGACUUGUUAUCUUUAUCAUGGGUCUAAGCAUAUCCUGGAACGGCCCGGCUACUAACAGCCCCAUAUUUGCAGAGAUCGUUCCGGAGAGAUCAAGGGCAAGUAUCUACGCGCUGGACCGUUCCUUUGAGUCGGUCCUAGCAUCAUUUGCUCCACCCGUCGUUGGCUUUUUAGCCGAGCAUGCUUAUGGCUACACCCCCAUUUCAUAUGGGGCUGGAGUGAGCAGUGUUGCGAAGGAUAGGUCCAAUGCCACUGCCCUAGCGAAAGCUCUUUACACGGCAAUCGCCAUCCCGAUGCUGCUCUGCUGCUUCAUCUACUACCUGUUGUACGGGGCAUACCCGCGCGACAGGCAGAGGGCGAGAAUGGACACUCUUAUCUCAUCAGAGCUGCAACUGAUCGACCUGGAAAGGUCUCGUGGAGCCGGAGACCACUACACUGGAAGGAAGCAUGCCACAGUGAUCGAUAUCAAGUAUGGUGCGGAAGAGCUUGAUGUUGAUGACGAUGAGCAAGCGUUGAUGCAUCACCAAGUUGAAUAGAGUGGCAGUCCCAGGUGAUCAGGGCGUAAUGUCACAGGAAAUCAUCUCAAAGCUCGUGAUGAUGUUUUGCCAAAGUAUUCUAGUACGGUUGAG